AUGAGCGAAAAUAUCCAUAUUAGGGAUCACCGAGGGAUACAAUCCUCCUUUUCUAGCACAGAUUUCUCUGAUGAAUAUGUGUUGGCGCAAACAGGUUCGCUUCAGAGUUCCAAUUCAAACCAAUUGAACAUUUCUCCCCGGGUCGAGGAAUCCAACUUUGAUAAUGAAAGCAUUGCAAGUACUGUGAAGAAUCAUAACAAGUUACCAGAAGCUGAAUUUGUGGCAACUCAACCAGUCAGCAACAAGUCGAAUGAGGGUCUUCACAAAACAUCAAUGGAUAAAGACGAAGAGCAAGUCUCUACGAAACCUUUGGAUGGACCCUUAGAUGAUGCUUCUAGUGUGAACGACGUACAAUUCAGACCACCUUCACAAGAACGUUCAAUAGAACAAAAUCCCCGUCGUUUGGAGCGAAUAAAAACCAGGGCUUUUUCGUUUGUAACAAACAAACGUUUUUGGAUUGUUUUUAUUUUGGGUCAAGUGCUUUCAUUAUGCUUAACUGCUAGUAAUACUUUUAAUGGCUUUUUGUCAGAGAUGGGGAAAGUUCCAGCUUUUCAAAUCUUCUUAUUUUAUGCCGCGCUUACUCUCAUGUUUACGCCUUAUACCAUCUAUCGAAUGGGGUUUAAAAGUUACUUUGAAAUGGUACUUCGUCAUGGUUGGAAGUACAUUUUGUUUGCUUUCUUUGAUGUAGAGGGGAAUUAUUUUGUUGUUCUCGCUUACCAAUAUACCAGUGUGAUCAGUGCAAGUCUUUUAGAUUCUUGGGCUACGGUUGCAGUUGUCAUUCUUUCGUUUUUCUUCUUAAAAGUACGAUACCACUGGUCUCAGUUACUCGGUAUUGUGGUCUGUAUCGGUGGCCUUGCCUUACUUGUUGUCAGUGACUUGAAAAACUAUGGCAGCAAUGAAAAAAGUGCGAAGAACCCUGGUUUAGGUGACGGUUACAUGAUUCUUGGCGCAACCUGUUACGGUCUUUCAAACACGAUUGAAGAAUACUUUGCUUCUAAACUGCCUUUAUAUGUAGUCGUCGGUCAAAUGAGCCUUUAUGCCUCCAUCAUCAGUAUUGUGCAGAAUUUCAUUUUCGAUCGCAAAGACUUUUUGCAUUUGCAUUGGACUCGUGCUAUGGGAGGAUAUCUAGCUGGUUUCAUUAUUGUUAUGCUUAUUCUCUAUUCGCUUGCUCCUAUAUGUUUCCUGUUAACUUCAGACUUUUGGAGUUUGAUUAUUGGUAUCCAUGUUUUCGGAAAUCACGUCUAUUGGCUUUAUCCUAUCGCUUUCGUUAUGAUUAUUAUAGGUCUUUUCGUAUACCAUAUUUUCAUUGAUACGGCUGAUAAGGCAUCAAAACCUUGGCUGAGGCAAGGGGAAGGCGUGGAUGGUGUUGGUAUGGUUCGUCGACCAUCUUCUUCUCUGUUUUCCAUGAAAAACGAUAUGGGCAAGAGCGAGGUAAUUGUCGCUGCGCAUAAAGAUGACGAGUUUUUCAAGCGUAUUCGUGAUUCCUUCAGUUGGAUGAAGCAUUUAUUUGUUAAAAAAUAA